GGAAUUAAUCCAAAGUAAGCAACCAUGGAAGUUUUAACAUUACUGUUGGUAGCCGUUGUUGGAACUGUCUACGGAGCUAACGGUUAUAGUGGCGGUUAUAGUGGUGGCUAUGGCGGGGGUAUAGGCGGAAUUGGAGGAGGAGUAGUUACUUUAGGGGGAGCCGGAGGAGGUGGAGGUGGAGGCGGAGGAGCAGGCAUUGUUGUAGGUGGAGGUGUUGGUGGUUUAAUCGGAGGUGGCGUCGGAUAUGGAGGUUUGGUCGGAGGACCUGGUCGUUGGUGUUGUACCUGUCGUCCUAAACUUUGCCGUAAGUGGGAGCUUACUUUGGACAAAAAAUGCAGACUAACACCAUUGUUCCCAUUUCAAUGGAAUACCUGUUGUCAACGGUACCCAUGGUGGGUAAUCAACCGUAGCUACGGAUAUGGUGGUGGAUAUGGUAGUGGAAUAGUUGGUGGAAUAGGCGGAGGAGUAGGUGGUGGAGCAGGUGUUUUAAUAGGUGGUGGUAUAGGCGGAGGAUUAGGUGGUGGAAUAGGCGGAGGAGUAGGUGGUGGAGCAGGUGUUUUAAUUGGUGGUGGUAUAGGCGGAGGAUUAGGUGGUGGAAUAGGCGGAGGAUUAGGUGGUGGAAUAGGCGGAGGAAAAAAGUCAUAUUAUUAAGCGAGAAAGGGUACCAAAUGAAGAUAACAGUAUAACGCAUUUUCUUCAAUAAAAUGUAGUUUGCAUA